GAGGUUGUAAUAAUACUCCUCCCGCCCCUGCUGUAAGUUCAACCCGAUCCCCAAAUAAUCCCCAACCAAGUUCAAAAUCAAGCCCUAGCCCGGCGGCAUGCGACCAGCCUAGGCGACGACGAGCGCCCACGCCAUCGCGCCGCUCCCCCAUUCCCGAGGUCUCGACGAUCCAGUGCUCCAGAUGGCGCCGCCGACGCCGAAGCAGCUCGCGGUGCGUCUCCCGGAGAACGAGGAGGUUGCGCGCAUCAUCCUGGAGAAGCGGCGGUCGAUUCUGGAGAAGGGUGUCCCGGAGAACCACUGCCACACGCUCGCCAACGCGUACCGCAACGUCUGUGCCGCUAAGGAACCCAUCCGGACCCUCAAGGACCUUUUGAAUGUCAAGGGUGUUGGACCAUGGGUCAUUCGUCUCAUCAAAGGGUCCUUUCCAGAGUCCAGCACAGAUUUAUCUCCUUCAAGAACCAAAGAAGCUGGCAAAAAGGAUCGCUACAGGGAACAAAAGAAGAGAACCGGAGCAUUAUGCACCAAAGAAAAAUUCUGCUGCUUAUGUGAUACUGAUUACCCUCUAUAGGGAAAUGAUGCGUGACAAGAUUUCUAUGGAGAAUAAAGAGAUUAUUGAUGCCGCUGAAGCCAGUGGUCUGUUGCAAAAAGCAACUGGGGGCACUGGAUGGAGCCAGAUUCCACAGACGCUGAUAUCGAGAGGGCUGGUUGUUAAAAAGUUGGGUAAAAAGUAUAUGCUAACUGAAGAAGGUAAAAGCGCUGCUCAUAAUUGUCUCUCACAGCUUGAAAUGGAGGAUCCUUCAGGAUCUUUAAUGACAAGCAAUGGUCUCAACACAUGUACUGCAUAUCGGCAUCGCAACUCAGAUCAUCUUUCAAUGGGUUUUUCUGUUGCUGAAACACCAUUGGGACCUCCUGUGACUAUUAGUAGACCAAGCAGACCUGUUGCUGGCCAGACUCCUGAACUUGUUCUCCACAAUGCUGCUACUGCAUCUCAAGAAUUGAUAAAGUUGACCAGUAAAGAGCAACUCAGUUACAAUUCUGAAGGUUCUGCCGGAUUCAAUAUGCUAGACAAGGAUGCUACACAUGUGGAUAAUUCUAUACUAGCUAUGCCACCUGGUCAAUCCAAUGAAAAAUUUCUUGAUGCUUAUGAAGUUGUGUUCAUAUUGGAUGACCGUGAAAAUAUCGGGUCCCGUUUCGAAAGAGUAGUUGACGUACAUUCAAAGUUUCAUUUGCCUGUCGAGAUGAAACGCUUGCCUGUUGGAGAUGCUAUUUGGAUUGCCCGUCACAGAAAACAUCGCACGGAAUAUGUACUUGAUUUCAUUGUUGAAAGAAAAGAUGUCACGGAUUUGGUUAGCUCAAUUAAGGACAGCAGAUACAGAGAUCAGAAAUUAAGGCUGAAGAAAUGUGGGCUAAGGAAGCUGAUAUAUCUGGUGGAAGGUGAUCCAAACCGUUUGGAUGCAUCAGAGAGCAUCAAAACUGCCUGCUUCACCACUGAGAUUCUUGAAGGAUUUGAUGUUCAGAGAACCACUGGGUAUUCUGAUACUGAACGGAGAUAUUGCGACCUCACGCUUUCGAUAAUUGAUUUCUACAGCAAAAACUUCUCUAAUGGUGCUAACACUUCUCGAGCUUGCUUGACCUAUGAUGAGUUUGUGAAUAAGUGCUAUGACUUCAAGAAGAUAACCGUGAGCGAUAUAUUUGCCGUUCAACUUAUGCAGGUACCACAGGUGACAGAACAAACUGCACUAGCCAUUACGGAGCUCUAUCCGACUCUUCUCUCACUUGCUCAGGCAUACUCCAUGCUUGAUGGAGAUACCCGUGCCCAAGAAGAGAUGUUGAAGAAGAAGAGCAAGAUGGUGAACGGAGGUGCUAGCCGAAACAUCUUCAAGCUCGUCUGGGGUGAAGGCUGAAGUAUUCCUACCUGGUUCGUGAUCAGACAUGGUUUAAUCGGCCUUUUGUCACCAUCUCGAUGAUUUUUGGCGCCGCCUAUUGUGUCGAAGCUCCUUUGUUCUUGGAGAUUUCGUGGCAGGACUUCCAUUUUCCAAAUGCAAGAAGUCCCUGGAACUGGAAUAAUGAAAGUUCCAUAAUGUGUAAUCAUCUUUAAAAAAUCUUCCCAUCUGGCCAUGAGUUGCGCUUCCUGCUGCUUGGAUUGUGAUUUCUCUCGUGUUGUCUCUAAACUUGGUUUCUGCAAAGGAACUCGAGGGUAAACAUUUCGGUUGCCUUCCUGGUUGGCAGGAUAACUACUGGCUCUGAAAGGAAAAGGCUGCCGGCGGAUAAAAUCUUCUGCCACGUAGUACUUGGUUUAUGUAAAUUAUCACAAGUUUAAUGAAAUGUCACCUAAUUCGAUGAAA